AUGGGUCAGGACGAUCAGCCACGAUCGGUUGUUCCUCCUCCUCCUGCUCGGACGAUGCAAGCCGGUCAAGUGGUCGUGGAGCGAGCUGCACCUGUCGAGGCUGGUGUAUUAGUAGUGUCUGCUUGUGCGCGGCCGUUGACGGUCUCACGGUCUGAACCGAUCUCGCUUAUUAGUAGAAGCGCCGUUGCCACCACUGCCCCGACAGCAGCGUUCCCGGACGAUACGCCCUUCCCGGAGGGUGUUGUACAGGGUUCGACCAUGCAAGGUAUCGAGUCGUCGGAUGUAUCUCCCGAGUCGACUAGAACGCCCGUCGUACCAGCGACAACGAACACCCCGGUCGCCGUGCCAGCUUCAGCUCCCGUGUCAGCGUGCGCCGCUCCACCAGCAGCAGCAGCAGCCGCCGCCUCGGCUCCAGCGCCACCGCCACCGCUGCCCCGCGACGAUCAGGUUCACGACGAGCGCCUUCCGCCACCACCACCGUUGGUUAAUCAACCACAGCAGCCCAAGCCCAAGAAACCUCGAGGUCGUAAAAAGAAGGAGCUGGAUCGUGGUAGGUUUCGUCCCGCUAUCGUGCUGCAGGCGGAUCGCAUGGCGCACCGACGUCGCCCGUGAUCGUCGUCGCGGCGGGGGGGGUGUCGUCGGCUUGACUCGGAUACCCGUAGCGAUUCACACCAUGGCUGCUCUUGAUCAAAGGUUUGUGUAUUUUCGAAAACUAGGCUGACCCCCCUUCUUGUGCGUUACGCUACACCUUGAACCAUGCGCUCGUGACACUUUCGCUCGCUCACCCCGGGGAAACUCGAACAUUGCUCACGCGACCACGACCUCCCCCAUCAUGAUCCGUACAUUACACCCCCUUCCCUCGUCACUCUAAAAAAGACCAAGCCCCACCUACACCCGCAGCAUCGACGGCCUCCUCCUCCGAAUCGAUCUUCACCGCGAUCCCUUCCUUCAUCUCCUCCCUCGACCUCUCGGACUCGGAACCGGACUCGUCCGCGUCCGAAGACGAAUUCGGUCAACCGAAACCUCCCAAGCAACCCGCGUACGAUUCGCAAGGUCGAGCCCGUCCUCGACCUAGUUACUACUAUGACGCCGAUUACGAUCCGGCUCACCAUUCCGCACUUGAACCGAUCAAGAAGAGGGGAAGACGAGGUGGAUUGAAAGGUGUACCCGUUUUUGAACCUACGAUCGAGGACUUUGAACGUAAUGGUGGUUUUUACGGUUACGUCAAGAGGAUCGAAAAGUAUGGUAGGAGGAGUGGGAUCGCCAAAGUCAUCCCUCCGAAGGAAUGGUGAGUUGGGUUUCAAAAAGAUAAUUGUUACGUGCUACGUCGAGUCCCUAAAGAAAGAUGAACGAUUUAUUUUUUUUGACCGUGGACUGCAUCGUCUGAUGAAAAAACUUAGGUCCGACGCACUUCCCUCUACUACGGACAAGUUGCGCGAUAUUCGACUUCGAGAACCGAUCGAGCAGAUCAUGAUGGGUCAACAGGGCGUGUACAGAGUGACGAACGUCGCCAAAACUAGGAUUUGGAACCCGGCGCAGUGGAAGCAGAUGGCCGAUUCGAGCAAGUUCGCCCCGCCCGAUUUCAAGAAGGAGGCCGAAAAGGGGGAUAGAACUGAUCGGAAACCUGUUUUGGGCGGCUCGAACGCGAGUGCGAGUACGAGUACAUCGGCGACACCGAACAAGAAGGGGAGUCGGAAGGCCGCUGGCGGUGAGGGAGAAGCGGAUGCGGAUGAUGAAGCCGAGUUGGAGGCGGUAGGGAAGCGCAAGGCCGCGCCACAAACACCCGCGAAUGGCAAGGGCAAGGAGCCCGAAACGCCUAGCCAGACACGCUCGGGGACGAGAUUCGGAUCCGAUCGCAAGAACGAAAAUGGGCGGCCGACAACGGCGACGCCGAGUGAAUCACCGACGACGAGAAAGGCAUCGAUCCCUAUCGCUACCGAAGACUCAACGACGUCGACGGCCGCGCCGACUCCGAUUUCAGUUGGUGCACCGCAUGCGACGAAGGACUCUGCGACUUCAAGCGCCUCGCUUGCCAGUGCGACCAAACCCGCUCGAGUGAAGCGCGCUUCGAAUCUGCAACGCGCUGAGCCGACGGAAGCCGAAUGGAGCGCGUUCGUCGAAAACUACGCCGAGCUGCCGCACGGGAUGAAAAAGUCGGACUACACCGUCGAGUUGAUGCGCGAUAUCGAACGACGGUACUGGCGCACUUUGACGUUCGGCGAACCGGCGAUGUACGGAGCCGACAUGAAGGGCUCGAUCUUUUCCGACGAGACGCAGGCGUGGAACGUCGCUCACUUGGGUGACCUCUUGCCCAAGCUCGCGCCGAAGUCAUGUCAGAUCCCGGGUGUCGUCUCGCCUUAUCUCUACUUUGGGAUGUGGCGAGCGACGUUCGCAUGGCAUGUCGAGGACGCGGAUCUGUACUCGAUCAACUACAUCCAUUUCGGCGCUCCCAAGUUCUGGUACAGCGUUCCCCAAGAACAGUCCGAGCGUUUCGAGCGCGUGAUGGAAGGCUACUUCCAACAGGAUCGCACAAAGUGCUCCCAAUUCUUGCGCCACAAAUCGUUCCUCGCUUCCCCUCGCGUCCUCGCUGGAAGUAACAUCACCUUGAACCGAUGUAUGCAACUCCCCGGUGAAUUCAUCCUCACCUAUCCCAAGGGAUAUCACUCGGGUUUCAACCUCGGUUUCAACUGCGCCGAAUCCAUUAACUUUGCGACCGAGCGAUGGCUGCCUUUGGGCAAGGUCUCAAAAUCGUGCUUUUGCAUCGGGGACAGCGUCAAUAUCGAUGUUGACGUCUGGCUGACGGAUGCGGCGAGGAAAGAGGCCGAAGCGAGAGGAGAGGUGUGGCCGCCCAGGAAGGCGAUGCCGACACCGCCACCGGAAGACGAUUUGGAAGCCGCGGCGGCGAAGAUGGCCUCGUUCGCUGGGCCCGGACAGGGCUUGGCCAUUUCUACGAUCUCGUCUACGUCGAGUCAUCCGCAUGGACCGGCAGUGUUUGAGGUGCCCAAGCUGGAGGCUGCACCUUCGUCAUCGGGUCGCAAGAGGAUGUUCAGUGCAAAGGCAGCCGAGCUCGAAUUGGGUCAGGCCCAGGUCGCGGCUGCUUCAACAACAAUCUCGCCAAACAGCCAACCCCACAUUCAUCCUACAUCCACGAACGGCAACGUUUCACACCCUCCGCUCAAGAAAAGGGCCAAGCUCUCGUCACCGGUCGCGUCGACCCUGAACGAGUCAGCGAUGCCUCUCCCUUACCCCUGCGCAUUGUGCCCCGAACGAUCGACCGAAGGCUUGAUCAGGAUUGGUGAACCGGCGCAGUUCAAAAUGCUGGCCCAUCGCGUGUGCGUCAUGUUCACCCCCGCGACUUGGAUCGAGACCGUCCCAGAAACGGGGGAGGAGGUCGUGCGUGGGUUCUUGGACAUUGAGAAGGCGAGGUGGAAGUUGAAGUGUCAGUUGUGCGAGGAGAAGCACGGGACCAAAGGUGAGUCCGGAGGUUGAAGUGGGGUCGUCGUGCUUUCAACUUCUCCAUUCUGACAUCCCGCUAUCCUUUGUAUAGUCCAAUGUACCAAAGGCAAAUGCCCCAAAGCGAUGCACGUCACAUGUGGUCUUCGUCUCGACUCCGGUGCAUUCCUCGAUGCUACCGUGGGUGGUCUCAGCAUGCUGGAUCUCAACCGCGUCGAAGGCGCAUCGCCAAAACCAAAGUUGAUGGACAACAAGCCGCUAGAGCCGGUCGUAAUGACUGACGCUUCGGCGAUGGUCGUUGAUGAUGUUCAACCUGCAGCUGCCGCUCCUGUCGACGCUGCGAUUACCUCCACUUCUGAAAAUGCACCUGCGUCCACUUUCAAUUCUGCGCCGAUGCCGGCACCCGCACUCGCCCCUCCGGCCAUUAUCGAGGAAAGCAACGAUAUCCGAUUGACGAUUCUGUGCCGACAGCACAACCCAGCUUGGCAAAAGUUAGAGGUCGAACGCAAGUACGAGGAUCUCAAAGCUCGCGUAGCGGCGCUGCCGGAGAAUUCGCGCCUCCAAGUCAAGACCAACAAUGGAGUCUUUGACGUCACCUACUUGACGAACCUUCCUCAUAAGAGCUCUAUCGGGAUCCUGUUCGACGACGGAAAGCGACACGAAGUGAGGUGGCGAGCGAUCCUUUGGCCUGAAUCACCGGAAGCGAUCAAACGCAAGGCCGAGAUCGCCGCCAAGAUCGCCGAGGACAAAGCCGCUUACGAUCGACCGCCGACGAAGAAGCGCAUCUCUUCUCCAGACGAUGGGAACAUGCACCACCAUUCGUAUUCGGGCCGUGGGUCGCCGUACGCGCACACGUCGUUGGCGGCGGCGUACAUGCACCAGCAACCUGCCCCGGGAUACUUUUACGCUCCUCAGAUGGGCGACUAUGCGGGACCGGGGCCUCAGCAGCAGAUGAUGUUACCGAACAUGGGAAAUGCGCCACCGUAUGGAUGGCGCGGUCAUUACUAUGGCGGUGACCCGGUUGCGAGUCCGGCGUCGUACCCGUACCCGCCUCUGAUGCACCCCGCUCAAGCUCAGGGCUGGUCUGGUCCUCCUCCGCCUCCUUUGGGCGAGUAUGCGGGACCGUACGGGCAUCAGCAUCAACAAGCUCGAAAUCCCUCCCAAUGCGCUUACGAACAUCCCUCCGCGUCUCCUCCGUCUUCGGGCUACAAACCAGCACCACUUGGCUCCUCCAUUGAAAGCCAGCACGCCCACCGAAACUCGUACCCACCUUCCGCCUCGUCGCCCAUCUCGACCUUUGUCGUACCUCGACCACAAGACGCGCACCUCGCCGUCCCAAAUCCAGCACCUCCAAAUUCGAGCAGGCACUCGUUGAAGAACCUCUUGAGCCCUGUCGUCGACGACGUCGCCGUGUUGGGUCAUUGA